GGGCCGGGGCUGGGGGGAGGCGGUGGAGCCCCGCAGCUCGCGCUGCUGCGGGCGCUUCGGUGCGUGCUCGGAUUGCAGACCCGGGCAGCCCGGGAGUGCUUGGCAUUGCACAGCACGAGCCGGGGGGUGGAGGAGAGGGCAAGGUUCGGGGCCGGUCGACCCCGGCCCGCCUUCCUCUCCCAGUGGGCCGGGAGCCCACCCAGGCCGGCCGGGCUCGCAGGAGCACCCCCUCUUUGCCUUUCCAUUUUGCCCGGACCCUCGCGUGCCGGAGACGAUGGGGCGGGGGCCCCGCGCUGGGCUGAGCUGAGUUGCCGCAGUGGGGGGCGGGGCCCGGAGCCCCCCGCCCCCCCUCCGGGCUGCAGCCGGCCGUUAUGGGCCCCGCAGCCCCACCCGUCCCCUGGACUGAGCUCCUUUAGCUGGGAUCCCCCACCUCCGCGAGCCUAGGCCCUUGCACCCCCGGCCCCCCGCGGGCGUGCCGCAGCGGGCAGCGGGGGCGGGGAUGGUGAACUUGGCCUCUAUGGUGUGGAGGAGGCUCCUGAGGAAGCGCUGGGUGCUCGGCUUGGUCUUCGGAUUGUCCCUCAUCUACUUUCUCACCAGCACCUUCAAGCAGGAGGAGAGGGCAGUGAGAGACCGGAAUCUUCUCCAGGUUCAAGACCGUGAACAGCCCAUCCCGUGGAAAGUGCAGUUUAACCUGGGCAACAGCAGUCGUCCAAGCAACCAAUGUCGGAACUCCAUCCAAGGGAAGCUUCUCAUCACGGAUGAGCUAGGUUACGUCUGUGAAAGGAAGGACCUGCUCGUGAAUGGCUGCUGUAACGUCAAUGCCGCCAGUGCCAGGCGCUUCUGUUGUGAUGGCUGUUUGUCCAAUGGAUGCUGUGGAGCCUAUGAAUACUGCGUCUCCUGCUGCCUGCAGCCCAGCAAGCAAUUACUAUUAGAACGGUUCCUCAACCAGGCUGCGGCGGCGUUCCAGAACCUCUUCAUGGCUGUGGAAGAUCACUUUGAGUUGUGUCUGGCUAAAUGCAGGACUUCAUCUCAGAGUGUGCAGCAUGAGAACACCUACAGAGACCCCAUUGCAAAAUAUUGCUAUGGAGAGAACCCACCAGAGCUCUUCCCUGCUUGAUGGGGAGCAAGGGUGGAAAGAACUGUGCCCACAAGGCCAGAACCUGGAGAAGGUGGAAUAUCCUUGAAGACCUCUGCCUGGGGCGUGGGGGUGGGGUAUCU